AUGAUGCGUCUCUUGUUAUUAAAUAUAAUAGUCAUUGUAUUAACUCCUAUUUGCUUCAGUGAUUCAAAUCAUACCAAAUCAUCCAUUAGAAUAUGUGAAAAAUGUUCUCCCUGCUGGAAUGCUUUUGAUAAGAACUAUGGACUUUGUUCGAAAAUGAAUUACAGUAUAAAUCCAUUUACAGUUGUACAACCUAUUUGUAUUGAUACGUUAAUUUUAUUCAUUAUAUUAUUUGUUAGUAUUGUUACUCUUGUACCAAGUUGUAUUUGGCUUUUCUAUUUAUGGAUUAAACAUUGUCAUGAUGAUGAUACACGAUAUAUUAUAGAUGGAUUAAUAAUUACUUAA